UCUUAUGGAAGAUAGAGUCGCUGUGUAAAUAGACUACAAAUCGUUUGUUUGGUUUUUAAGUUUACAAACAAAACUAUGGGCGGCACUAAAUGCAGUUUUCGCGAUUGUCCGGUGAACUCCAAACGAAAUCCCAACAUGCACUUCUUCAAGUUCCCGACUAAAGACCACGGGAGGUUGCAGGAGUGGGCUAAAUACUGUGCAAAUGUGCCCCCGAGCAAAUGGGCCACAAGGACUGUUUGUGCCAGGCACUUUCGUGCGGAAUCCUUUAUGAACUACAAAAUGGACAGGCUCGUGCCCAAGCAAACGCCUACUUUGCUGAGGAUCAACAGGGACUUGGCCCUGGACUUUGCGAGCCUCGACCAGAACGGGGAGCCACUUCUUGUGAAGCUGAAGCCUCCAACGCAGCCGCAUCUCAUACCGCCCAAGGACUUCAAGUGUCCCCUGGGAUUCGUGGACGAUGAUGAUGUCGAGCUCCAGAAAGUGGAGAUCAUCAAGAAGCAGACUCGAGAUUCCGCGGAGAAACCACAGGAAACACAGACAGCAGAACAUGUCGAUCUAAAUCAGGAGGAGGCACAGCAACCAGCGGAGGAUGUUAAGAAGUCCGACAUUUUGAUGGAUGCAGAGCAGGAGCAGGCGGCACUGGCCAAGGAGAAGGUGGCGGCGGAGACUCAGGAUGUCGCAGCAUCAACCAGCGGAGGUUCGGGCAUGCCUAUGCCUCAAAACAUUCUGGAUAUAAUUAGUCAACUGCAGCCUUCGCUGGGCAUCAAAUUGGUGAAAAGGCCAGUUGAGACUCGCACAAUAGAUGAGGAACAGCAGAUGCUAGCCAAUGAGAUAGUAAAAAUCGCUAAAGAAAUGAGUACAAGUGUGGAGGUUAUUAAUAAGCCAAAGGUAACCCCAAUCAGAGACGAGGAUAAGCCCAAGAAAAUUUUAAAAGAUAUAGUUAAGAAGCGUGGAAUGCAGAAGGAAGACCUUCGGCAUGCGGAGCAGGCUAAGAGAAGAAAGAUACCAGAAGCAGAACAAAAGACUGAAAACAUCGUCCAAACUAGGAACACGUUCGUAAGGAAUCUAAAGCAGGAGGCUCCACAAAGUGAAAUACCCUCUCAAUCCAGCCACUUUAAACCGCACCCUGGCCAAGGGAAAAACAUUAAUACUUCUCUUCUUAAUACUGAACCUGCUUGUUUUUCGAACGACGAAGAGGAGAAUAUGGAUCUUGGUAGUGACAGUCAGGAUGGAUCAGAUCCAGGUGAAAAACCAUCCUCUUCCGAAGACGACCUGCGUGAAAAGCUGCUUCAGGAUUACAACAAACUACAGGCCGAGUUUGACAAACUGUCGGAGGAGAAUGCCAAACUAAAACGACUGCAGGCGGAACGUCAAAAGGUUCCCACUCCCACCAAGCCCGCAUCCAACUCGUUGACCAAACCACAGCUGUACAUGGCCAUAAAGAAGUACGUGGGACCCACGAUGGCUGCCCUGCUUCGCAUUGAAAUGUUCGGGGGCUCUGAGGAUCGCACCUGGAAGGAAGACGAGCGGGAGUUUGCCACAGAGCUACUGCAACUGGGCGAUGAGGUGUACAAGUACUGCUGCGACGAGUGGCGAUUCCGGCUCCCUCCGCUACGGACCGCCCGUUCCUGGCUGGAGAAAAAGAAAACAGAAGAUGUCGAAGAUUUUCUAGAUUUGUAGUCUUGUUUUGCAAAAGAAAUUAGUAUUAUAGAAUAAUUCUAGUAAUUAACUUUGCUGACCUGUGAGCGAAACCUUUAGUCUUUCGUUUAAGUUAUAUUCUCGUUCCAUGGCUCGACUUACUUUAAAAAUGCUUUUAUUAAGUGUAGAAACGUCAGUGUCAGUAGAAGUAAAGUAUUUUAUGUUGUCUAAAAGGAAAUAUUUAAUUGGUCCUUAAAAAAUAUUUUAUUUUAACUUGGUUUAGUGUUACAUAUAAAAUUGUAUUACAAAAAGUAAGAUGUUGACAGAGGAACACAAGAAAGAAAAAUACAAAAACUGUAUUUAUUGAGUAUGUA